AUGGUGAAUGAAAAACGUCGAUCCCGUUCCAGGGAGCGGGAUGCCCGGGCAGACCGUGAUCGUGAAAGAGAACGAGACCGGGACCGCGAACGUGAACGUGAAAGGGAUCGGGAACGAGAACGAGACCGUGACCGUGAUUGGGACCGAAGGCGUGAACGUGAUCGGGAUCGACACCGCGAUCCGCCACAAAGGGAACGCCCGGGAGACCGGGACCGGGCUGAGCGAGAUCGGGAACGUGAACGUGAACGCGAACGGGAACGUGAACGUGAUCGGACAGAUGAAAAGGACAAACCACGCAAAGAUAAGGCGGACGAUGAACAAGAAGAAGACCUCAAAAAGACGGAAACGAACGUGGAUCUUAAAGCGGACCUCGUGAAGAAAGAACCACUUUCGCUAGAGGAGCUUCUAACUAAAAAGAAAGCAGAAGAGGCCGCCCGUAGCAAACCGGUGUUCAUAACCAAAGAGCAGCGCGCGGCGGAAGCUGUAAAGCGCCGUCAGGAAGAGGUAGCCGCCAUGAAAGCUGCAGCCGCUGCGAAUGUGCCCAAGUUUGGCGAUGUUCCCGUAACAACCUUGUUAAACCGUGAAAAGCGGGAUCCACUCGACAAGUAUGAUCGGCGCGAACGCGAGAGAAAAAUGGCAGCCAAUGAUGAACGAGACAAGGAAAAGGACGCUGACAAAAGGCGUUCGGGUGCGGCCACAACAGAAGCCGAACCGGUUGUAAAAGACAAAGAAAAGGAGCAAGAAGCCAUCCGGGAGCGGUAUUUGGGUAUUGUGAAGAAGAAACGUCGCGUAAGACGUUUGAACGAUCGUAAGUUUGUGUUUGAUUGGGAUGCCGGUGAGGACACUUCGAUCGAUUACAACAACUUGUACAAAGAGCGACAUCACGUGCAGUUUUACGGUAGAGGACAUGUUGCUGGUAUUGACAUUAAGGAGCAGAAGCGCAAACAGAGCAAGUUUUAUGGCGAUCUGUUGGAGAAGCGCCGUACGGAGGCGGAGAAGGAGCAGGAGAAGGUACGUUUGAAGAAGGUGAAAAAGAAAGAGGACAAACAGAAGUGGGACGAUCGGCACUGGUCGGAGAAAGAUGUGGAUGAGAUGACGGAGCGCGAUUGGCGUAUCUUUCGGGAAGAUUACAACAUUACGAUCAAGGGUGGCAAGAUUCCGAACCCGAUUCGCACGUGGAAGGAAUCAGGCUUCCCGAAGGAAAUUUUGGAAAUUAUCGACAAAGUUGGUUACAAGGAUCCUACACCGAUUCAGCGGCAGGCCAUCCCGAUCGGAUUGCAAAAUCGAGACAUUAUCGGUAUUGCAGAGACGGGUUCUGGUAAAACUCUCGCUUUCCUUAUCCCGCUAUUGACGUGGAUUCAAUCACUGCCCAAAAUCGAUCGAUUGGAGACAGCCGAUCAAGGCCCUUAUGCGAUUAUCCUUGCGCCAACGCGUGAACUUGCUCAGCAGAUAGAGGAAGAAACACAAAAGUUCGGUACACCGCUGGGCAUUCGUACCGUUGUCGUCGUAGGUGGUUUGUCUCGUGAAGAGCAAGGAUUCCGGCUGCGAUUGGGUUGCGAGAUAGUAAUUGCUACUCCGGGUCGUUUGAUCGAUGUGCUGGAAAAUCGCUAUCUCGUCCUUAACCAAUGUACGUACAUCGUAAUGGACGAAGCGGAUCGUAUGAUUGACAUGGGCUUCGAGCCGGACGUACAGAAGAUCUUGGAGUACAUGCCAGUGUCGAACUUGAAGCCGGACACCGAAGAAGCUGAAGAUGCAUCGAAAUUGAUGGAAAACUUUAACACGAAGAAGAAGUACAGACAAACGGUGAUGUUUACCGCUACUAUGCCACCGGCCGUAGAGCGACUUGCGCGAACGUAUCUUCGUCGACCCGCCACCGUGUACAUCGGCUCGAUCGGUAAACCAACAGAGCGCACGGAACAGAUCAUCCACAUAAUGGGCGAGAACGAUAAGCGCAAGAAGUUGAUGGAAAUUCUGUCACGUGGUGUCGAACCACCGUGCAUCAUUUUCGUCAACCAGAAGAAGGGUGCGGACGUGUUGGCGAAGGGUUUGGAAAAGUUGGGCUACAACGCGUGUACGCUGCACGGUGGCAAGGGACAGGAGCAGCGUGAGUAUGCGCUGGCAUCGCUUAAGAACGGUUCGAAGGACAUCCUGGUCGCGACGGACGUUGCUGGACGUGGUAUCGACAUCAAGGAUGUGUCGCUCGUAAUCAACUACGAUAUGGCGAAAACGAUCGAGGAUUACACGCAUCGUAUCGGUCGUACCGGUCGUGCCGGAAAGACUGGUUGUGCGAUUUCCUUCUGCACCAAGGACGACAGUCAUCUAUUCUACGAUCUUAAGCAGAUGCUUAUGUCCAGCCCGGUAUCAGUCUGUCCUCCGGAGCUGAUGAACCAUCCCGACGCCCAGCACAAACCAGGCACGGUAGUGACGAAGAAGCGAAGGGAAGAGAAAAUAUUCGCGUAA